UUUCCUCCCAUCGCCAGCUGCCAGGCAGCGACACAACACCCACAGAAACUGCUGUUUACACUCUGUGGCAAAUCUCUGUUUUUCUGCACGAAUUUCCACAGCCAAACCCUCCCUCAUUAUGGGGGACAAGGCAGGAACCCGGGUAUUCAAGAAGUCCAGUCCCAACUGCAAACUAACAGUGUACCUUGGGAAAAGAGAUUUUGUAGACCAUUUAGAUCACGUGGACCCUGUUGAUGGUGUCAUCCUGAUGGAGCCUGAAUAUCUCAAAGAUAGAAAAGUAUUUGUCACAUUAACCUGCGCGUUUCGAUAUGGCCGUGAGGACCUUGACGUCCUAGGACUUUCCUUCCGGAAAGAUCUUUACAUCUCUACUUUCCAAGCCUAUCCUCCCAUCCCAGAGGAUGCCAAGACUGGAAGUCGGCUGCAGGAGAGACUUUUGAAGAAAUUGGGCCAAAAUGCUUAUCCUUUCCAUUUCAAUAUACCACAAAACCUGCCAUGUUCAGUUACCUUGCAGCCUGGGCCUGAGGAUACAGGAAAGGCCUGUGGGGUGGAUUUUGAGAUCAGGGCGUUCUGUGCCAAAUCGAUGGAAGAGAAGAAUCACAAAAGGAAUUCAGUUCGGCUCAUAAUACGUAAAGUCCAAUAUGCCCCAGAGAAACCCGGUCCACAGCCGAUGGUGGAGACAACAAGAAGUUUCCUUAUGUCAGACCGAUCUUUACAUCUAGAGGCUUCUCUUGAUAAAGAGCUGUAUUACCAUGGAGAACCCAUCAGUGUUAAUGUCCACGUCACAAAUAACUCAACCAAGACUGUCAAAAGAGUUAAAAUAUCAGUUCGACAGUAUGCUGAUAUUUGUCUCUUCAGUACAGCACAGUACAAAUGUCCAGUGGCUCAGAUAGAGGCUGACGAUCAGGUGGCAUCCAGCUCUACGUUCUGCAAAGUCUACACGCUCACCCCCACCCUCAACAACAAUCGGGAGAAGAGGGGACUGGCACUAGAUGGAAAACUCAAACAUGAAGACACCAACCUCGCAUCUAGUACCAUUGUGAAGGAUGCCAGUAAUAAAGAAGUUCUGGGAGUGUUGGUGUCAUAUCGGGUCAAAGUGAAACUGGUGGUAUCUCGUGGAGGGCUUUUAAGCAGCUUGCUGGAGAGGGAUGUUUCCGUGGAACUGCCUUUUGUCCUAAUGCAUCCAAAGCCCACAGACUUCUUCUUUCCCAGUUCACCUUCAGCUGCUCCAAUGAUGGAUCCACCAAUUGACACAAACCUGAUAGAAUUUGAGACAAACAGUUUAAUAGCAGACGACGAUUUUGUAUUUGAGGACUUCGCUCGCUUGCGCUUAAAAGGAAUCAUUGACAAGGAGGACUACUGAACAUGAACACCUCGCUCACGAAGAACAUAAGCCUUCCACAAAAUAAUCAACAUUGAGCGAUACCCUGAAUAAUCCUCGCUCUAACAAUGAAGUAUUUCUCAUCUCAUUGAGGUUGAAACAGUAUUUGGACAUGUAUUUUAUGGAGAGAUGUAAACGGGUGGAUAAUAUAACUUAAGCUAAUGAAGGAUCCCAGGGAAUUAUAAAUGUUUCCAUUGGCAUGUGAUAAUUGUAUCUCUUAUAAUGUGCCAACUUUUAUGUUGAGAAUGGCAAGGCAGUCUGAAACGAUGGCCUGAUUGCAAUUUUUAAUAUAUUCCAUGUAUUUAUCCUUUUGCAGGGGCAGUCAUGAUAUUCCUGUGAAGUGUGUAAAAAAGCUCCUUGUGCUUUACACAAUGACAGUUGGUUUCAGUGAUGUGCAUGUUUCCAAGUGCUGCUGUUUAGGGUGAUAUGUGACUAAACGCAUUCCUGCAGGUUGUAAAUAUUUGAAAGUGCUGCUUUGAUUUGUUGAAUGGCUGCAUUUGGUUAAAAAAUUUAAAAAUUCAACUAAAGGAUGUGUGAAGAUUUAACAUCCCUCAGGGGAACUGAACAAAAAACAUUGUCAACGUGUUAUUGCAAUUUUCAUAAUAACAGGAUACACUGUUUGCCAUUUUAUUUUAUUUUAAAACUGAAUUUUUAUUUAAUUUUUUUAAUAAAAUUAAAAAACUA